UUCUCUCGGCGUCUUUGCCAGGCUCCGGAAGAGCAGGGUCUAGCUGGAGAUGGUCAGUGUGGGUGUGGCCUUACAGUAAAUUGCAGUGUUAGGAGGAGGGGCGUAGGAGAGAAGGGGAGGGUUUGACAGCAGGGUUCCACAACAAGCCGUGGUAUUUGAGCUCGGUGCUGUAGCAUUCUGCAUCCGCUGGCUGGCCAACGUCCCGGCACAGAUUCGCCUGGAGAGAGUGGGGGGAGGAAAUGAGCGAGGGAUCUUCUGAAAGGUUGAACAUUCUAUAUUGAUGUGUAGAAGAAAGACAGGGCUUGUUGGAGAAAAGACAGGGGGAGUUUGGAGAAAAGUACAAGUACAAGGAUACACUCUGCUUCCCAAGUGUCUACGGUCAUUGGGCUUUUUUUAGGGUGUUAUUUUUACCACCAGGACUGCGUUCCUACACCUCGGCCCAGAGGCUUGCAGCUGCUAGUACGCUAGUGUGUUAGGUUUUUUGUUUGUUUUUUGUUUUUUUUGGUGUGGACAUGGCCAUGGCCGAGACGAACAUCAAAUUGGGUCGCGUGGCUCUUAGCGAAAUCUCUGACGACGACGAUGAGGUGGUUUUGGUCACAGCGGCGGCCAAACCUUCAGUAACUACUCCGGCCUCCAACCACAAACAUAUAGACAACGAUAAGGAUGAUGACGAAGACGAUGAACUGUCCAGAGAAGUGGAUCUGAAGCUGGGACUGGACAACAGUGACUCCCAGAAAUCAGAGGCUCAAGCGACAGGCAUGAUGGUCCUAUCUCUCUUGGACAAGAUCAUCGGCAUUGUGGAUCAGAUCCAGCAGACGCAGAACGGCCUGGAGUCCCGUCAGGAGAGCAUGGAGAAGAACAUGACCAGCAUCCAGAGCGAGCUGAACAAGCUAGCCAAGAGCCAGGGUGGCACAGCCGGCACGAUCACCAAGCUCCUGGAGAAGGUGCGCAAGGUCAACGUCAACGUGAAGAGCGUACGGACCGACCUGGAGAGGCAGGCGGGUCAGAUUAAGAAGCUGGAGAACAACGAGCAGGAGCUGCUCAAGAGGAAGAAUUUCAAAGUGCUCAUCUUCCAGGAUAAAGAAAAGCCAGUGAAGACCACUAAGAAGCCCGAGGCAGCAGCAAGCGAGGAGGGUGAACACGUGCUGAGCGAGGGAGAAGAACCCCAAGGCACGGAUGAAGUGGUCGAGAUCGAGGAGACCGUGGAGGAAUCGCGGGUGGCGCGCAUCAAGCGCAGCGGCCUGCAGCGUGUGGACGAAAUCAAGAAGGCCUUCAGCAAGGAACAGAUGGAAAAGACCAAGAAGCGAACCAAAGAGAACCUAGAGAAAACCCGUCAGAGAACCAAGGAGAACCUGGAGAAGACGCGCGUGAGGACCCGCGAGAACUUCCAGAAGACCAAGCUGAGCCUCGGGAAGAAGAUGGGCAAGAUAGGAACGAAGAUCAGACCCAACAAGGAACGCAAAGAGAAGAUUCGCAUGUCUCGUGAAAAGAUGAAGAAGUCGCUCAAAUCCGACAACAAGGUCUACGCCCGCUCGAAGAUCACCUCUUAUCGAGUGCCGCCAUUCACCUUCUACGUCAAGAAGAUCCGCGAGGGUCAGGAGGAGCCGGAGCCUGACGCCGAGCCUGACGACGAAGCUGAAGAGCAGCAAGUAGAGGACAAGGAGGACAUAGAGGUGAAGGACGCCGAGCUGGUGAAUCUGAGCAGCCCUGAAGAGGUUCUCCUCGAGGCAGCUGGACAUUCGCAACUCGUAAUCCAGGAUUCGGUGCAGCCACGGGAGAAAGCAAGUCAGUGAAGCCAACGCAGGAGCCCCUCGUCUGGAAAACAAAUUAACCAUGUGAGGAAGUCUGGAGCUGGAAAUGAAGGCUACGUGAAUGUAUACACAGAUGAGACAGUGACGAGUAAAAAUGAACGGAUGAUGACAAGGCACAAAAGCAUGUUGGAUUGAGGAACAAACUCAUUUACGUUAAGCUUUUUAUUAUUAUUAUUAUUAUUAUUAAUAUCACCUCCAGGCAGUUGUUUCUAAUUGCAAUCUCUACACGUUCGAGUUUUAAUACCCUCGAUUCAACUCACGACAGGUGAUAAUUAGCUGGUGACUUGUAGCAAGCGUACCAUGGUGCUUUCACAUCUUUCCUUUUUAGCCUGGUAGUCCGUGUAAGAGCGAAAUCGACACUUUUGCUUCAGUUAACGGUUUGAUUUCACACUGCACAUGAUUAAAGAACCCAAAAGCAAAAAAAAAAUAAAGGGGGGGGGGGGUAGGAUUGAAGACCUAUUUGUAAAAUUGUAAAAUGUCUUUAUGUAUUGGUCGGAAAUACAACGAUGGUAAAACAAACCUCUGUCAAGUUCCUGUAGAAGGCGGAGCCAGCGCUAAAUAAAUGAUUGGAUAAUUAUAUAAUAUAAAUUAUUUAUCCAGUGGGGGUUUUUGUUAUUGUUUUUUUUUUUUUGCAGCACACAUUACAUUAUUUAGCAGACGCCCUUAUCCAAAGCAACUUAAAAUUGUCUCAUUUAUACAACCGAGCAGUUGAGGGUUAAGGGCCUUGCUCAAGGGCCCAACAGUGGUAGCUCGUCAGUGCUGGGAUUUGAACCCACAACCUUCUGAUCAGAAGUCCAACAUCUUAACCGCUGCGCUCUCGGCUCAGCUUGUGUCUUGUGGCUCAGUUUAGCCGCUACAACAUAAAAUACACAGCUUUCAGAGUCAAAUCGGAAUUCGCGAGUGCACUCGGACACUCUCUGACCGGUUAUUUCGGUCCAAUCCGAGUGCUCAUGCUAUGCUCUUACCUACACAAACAAAACGCACCGAUGUUUCGAUCCAACUGGUUCAAACGCUACAUACGUGAAAGCACCCUACGAGUCUCGCGUCGUUAAAGACUGCAAUUAGAAACGGCUGCUCAGGACGGUUGUAAUUUCAGACUUUUACAAGCAUUCGCAAGAGGUUGACAUGGACGUCAGGCUUGAGAAUUCGAUUUGGACAUGGAUAUAUCAUAAUUCUGCUUGUAUUAGCGAACUAAACUGACUAAUAUGAUCUUUAGCCAACAUAAAUAAGCUAAGAAAAGAGUAUUUUAAUCCUAGCUGCGUUCCAGAUUAACCAUAACCCUAAUGCCUGUCGUUUGGUUAGUGAAAGUAAGUUAACGUAUCGUUUUCUGUCGUGCAGGUUGACACUCUCGAGUUUAAUCCCACUGGAAGAGUAGAGUUAGAAAGGGAAUUUUUAAAUCCUAGAAUGAAAAUGGCAAAAGUAGAAUGAAAGAAUACAGAUGAAUAACUAAGUCUAUUACUUCUUAAAAUGUUUUGUUGUUUGUUUUUUUUUUUUUUGUUUUUUUUUGGACAGCCAAUGGGCCUCAUUCAUCAAAGUUGCGCGUCCCACAAACACGAUCCGACAAAAUGAAGCACAUUCCAAGUCUGAUUCAUGAUCUGUUUGUUUUUAGCCACGUGGAAAUCUUCAUGAAUUGCACUUGAUCGUUAAUUGCAUGUGUGUUCCAGUCAUUUGUUAGCAUAAUUAAUCUCCCGUAAUGUGUGUGUGUGUGUGGAAUUAACACACCAGAACAUGAUGCCACUCAAAGACAGGGGGGAAAAAAACCCAACAAAUUAAAUACAUCUACACGAUUUCCCAUUUACCCCGAAUACCGAGAUGUGUUUGAUGCCUCUUCAGAUUUCCAUUAAAGCAACAAUGCUAACGUUAAGAAGUAAGGAAAAGCUUGUAGCUAGCACUUUAGGACAGUCCACACUCUUGGCCAAAAUACAUUUGGCUGACUUACUUGUUAGUGAAAUUAGCCUCAUAGAUCAAGUGGAAAAACUAAAGGAGCAAGCUUUGGACACCAAACACGGCUUGGAUGAUCAACUACAUUUAGGAGACAUGUGGGAUACGUCCUUUAAGUCAAUGUUUAUUUAAGCAGCCGAGUGGAGUCACAGGCACAAGCAAAACAAGACCAUGGGGGAAGGGUGUGUGUGUGUAUGUGUCACCCAGCCACUCAUAAUUCAAUUCAAUUCGAUUUUAUUUGUAUAGCGCUUUUAACAACGGACAUUGUCUCAAAGCAGCUUUACAGAAAUAUAUAAACACAGGAUACAGAUUUUAAGUGUGUGAAUUUAUCUCUAUUGAAGCUCGUUAUGGUUUUUAUAUGAAGUCUGUUUGUUGAACUAAUCCACUGUUCACUAAAGGAGACUUGAGUGCAGAAUUGUAGGUGGGAAUUGCAGUCCUAAGUCCAUAACAGCAACCGUAGUUCCAGCAACCACAGCGAGAACGUCCACGUGGAAUUGAUGUACAAAAGCAUUUCCAUGGUACUUCAAGCGGUACCGUCCUCAGCAAUCUCCAGGCUGCACUGCUUGGGGUCGUCCUCAGUCUCCAGUUGAUGAGCGCUCCAUCCAGAUGUAGGGCAUCAGGAUGGAUCAGGCAGGUCAGGAUCAUGUGUAUCUCAACAGAAGGAUAGAUGAAGGUAAAUAGAGGGAGGGAUUGUUAGGUAUGCUUAAAUCUCAUAAAUAUCAUUUGUCUACAAGUUAGUCUAAUAUUUUAUAUUAACGGUCUCUAACCUGACCUUUUUUAACACAUUAAUUAACACAAACCGUAUCCUUACACAAUACAUUACAUAAACAACAAUAAAUAACUUACACUUACAUUAAAUGAUGUUGGGGUUUUUUUUUUUUUCAAUAAUGAACCAACUAAGAUGAUUACUCAACAGUGCAUAUCAUCCCUGAGUAAAAUCGGGACUACAUCAUGAACAUAUUAAUGAAGCAAGUUUUGUGCCUGGAGACCAAAGAUCAAGUUCUCAACAUUUAGGAAGAUGAUGCGAUUUAUGUGGACACCUGACCAUCACACCCAUAUGUGGUCUUCCCCCAAAACAUGAAGAACCACACAAUUGUAUAGAAUGUCUCUGUAUGCUGUAGUAUUACAAUUUCAAGUGCAUGAAGACAUGGUUUGGCAAAAAAACAAAACAAAAAAAAAACACUCAAGUGUCCUGCACAGAGCCCUGAACUCAACCCGAUUGCACACCUUUGGGAUGAACUGGAACGCUGACUACCCCAGGCUUCCUCAUCCAUCAGUACCCGACCUGACUAUUGUUCUUGUAGCUGAAUGAACACAGAUCCCCACGGCCACGCUCCAGAAUCUAGUGGAAAGCCUUCCCGAAAGAGUGAAGGUUAUUAUUACAGCAAGGAGGGGGAGGGGGACUAUACCUGGAAAGGGAUGUUCAACAAACACACUUUUGACCAUAUCGUGUGUGUUAACUUAUUGUGAAAUUGUUAACAUGCCAACGUUUACGGUUUAGCUAUAGCAUUUACGGUUUUGACUUUAGCAUUAUAGGAGCCACCUGAAAACUGUUUUUACAGCUAAAAGCAGCAGUCAGGCCAAACGGCAAUAAUAAAAAAAAAUCACCCUGUGGAAAAACCAAUUCACUGAAGGGGAAAGGGACGGAAAGUAGUCCACAUCGCUCUAUUUGUUUAGCAACAAGUUUUAACUGUAAAUUCGCAAAGCCUAAGAUUUGUGAACCGAUCGAAAACGAGGGCAGGACUGCUGUCUCUUUGGUUGUGAGGUAGAAUGAUCUGGUUGUUAUUGUUGUUGUUUAUGCUGUUAGCAUGGAACCACCAACCUGUGGUGUUUUUUAUUUGGGGUUUUGUGGUAAAAUUCUGGGGUUUGGUUUUUUUUGCAUGCUAGGAUUUUUCUUGCCAGUCUUUCUUGCAUGUUAGUAGCUCUGCUACGGGUUUAUUAACACUGAAGUUCAUGGAGUGUUCAUGUUAACUAAUGCGGUAAAUAAUGUUAAUUAAGGGAACCUUAAUGUACAGUGUUGCAAAAUUAAGGUCAAAAUCCAGGUGCAUGGUUGAUAAAUGAGGCCCACUGACCUGAAACUGACACCUUCAGUGCUUAAACAGAUGCGGGAGUUUUGGGGUGUCGAUGUACAUUUGGCUAGUUUUUUCCAGUGAGAGCCGCUUUAAUCCGUGGCUUUCGGAAACAUCAGAAGCAUGCUCAGUGCUGCAGUGUUUAUCCUGUACAUAAUAUAAUCAAGCUUGUCAUGAUUUCUGUACAUAUGAUACAUAAGCACAGAUUCAAUAUUAAUGUAGGAACUUUUCUUACCGUGAUAUAUUCAAAGAUUUACUCUGAUAGAAUGUCUCUGUCCUGCUUCAGAUCUGAAAGAAGGAAUGCAUAUUUUUAACAAAUUGUAUAUGUGCAAGAGCGUAUACAGUAUGAACCAUUUUUAUAUGCAUGACAGCAAUUACAGUAUAUACUGUUAUAUUUAUUAUUCAUAACUAUAAAUGGCACCGUGCGCACGUGUUAUAACAGCUUGAUAUUUUGCAGGUCUUUCUUUUUUUUUUUUUUUUUCUUUUCUGCUAAAGGGAGAAACCGGGACACAACUGAUUGAAGUUUGGCCUCAAACUAUUGGUCAGGUUUUUGUUUAUUUCCUGUCUGUCUGCCAUGAGGAUUGUUACGGUAAAAGCUCCGACUCUAAUCAGCUCCAAGUUCACUCUGUUUUUAUCCAUGGCUUCUAGAAGUUUGGGGGGGUUUUUUUGUUUGUUUGUUUGUUUGUUUGUUGUUGUUUUUUGCUGGAAGAUGUGUAAGAUGCUUUGCAUAAGGAAAUAUAUAUAUAUAUAUUUUUUGCUGAGGUGAGAUAUUGUGGGAAUGAAAAUAAAGAAAUGACCACUGGACAGAAA